AUGUUCUUGAGGGGAGCAGAGGAGGCGGUGAUAUUACCCUCUAUAUGGCCAUAUUUACAAAUGUUUCACGCUGACUAUUGGAAUCUUGGGCUGGUAUUGUCUGCUUAUUACACAGUUGGCAUUGCCUCCGCCAUCUUGGUUGGUCGUCUCGCAGACCGAAAUAUGAAUCUUCGAUUUUCUGGAAUUGUUUGGAAUCUAGCUGAGGUAAGCAUUAUUUUACUGCCUAGAGAUAUGUUCAAAUCAAGCUCUAAUCUAAUCCAACCGCGGGUUGAGGUAACCUGGUUGAGGUAACCAUUACUGUAUUUCGAAGAAAUUUUUCAAAUCCGAUUCAAGUCUGAUCGAAUCACAUUUCAAUCGUAACAAUACACAUGGAGAAAGCUUUUUGGUCUUCUAUUUAGAUUUCAGCGCUUUUUUUAAUACAAAAAUUAGAACAUGUGCUGAUUUCGGGGUGGGCUAAAGGAAGGACAGGAGCGAGAGAGAGUAACCAGUGCUAUAGCAGGGUAACCGUACCCCACCUGCAGUUUCUAAAGAAACUUUAACCAUGAAUGCAUUCGUGGGCUCUAAAUUACGGUAUAGAUACAUGUAUAUUCAUAGCAUGGAAUUUCAGGCAAAGUGUUUCAAGAACCAGUAAUUUCGCACCUCCGUCCAAAGAAUGUCAACUUAACACACAUAAUGUAUUUUCCAGAUUGUUGGUAAUACAAUAUACUCGCUUCAUUUCAACAUGUACUUGCCCCUGCUAGGACGCAUGGUAGCAGGAUUUGGUGAAGGAUAUGCGUCAGUUAUUUGGGCAGAACUAGCCAGAAUCACAACUGAAGAAGAACGUACUCGAUACUUUACAUUGGUAAAAGUGAGCUUAUUUUUGGGAGUUGUCUCAGGACCAGCAUUAAACAUCUUUCUAAAAGAGUUUGAUUUCUACAUCGGUAACUGGCACAUUGAUUUCCGCACAUCGCCGGGAUUCUUCAUGGCUUUAAUGUGGAUACUAGCCACUGGUAUCAUGUUUGUAUUUGUCUAUGAUCUCUCACACGAGAUGAGAAAAGAAAGAGGGUAUGAACCAGUUUCAGACGGUCCAAGUGAAGAACAUUUUUCAAAACAAGAGCAACUCCAAGAAGGGUAUACAAUCGAAAGCCUCUCCGAGGACAAGGGCGAUGAUAUGACGUCAUCUCCGUUCAUAUAUGAAGACGUUAUCAAAACCGAGGAAAUAGAUGAUAACAGUAUAUUCCCAGAUGACUCAAAGAAAUCCAGCAGUGGGUCAUUCCGAGAUGCUGUAAGGGAUAUUUUUACCAAAUUUCACGUGAUUGUAGUGGUAUACUCGACAUUUUUCAUUAUCGUUCUCCAUUCAUCUCUUCAGGCCAUCAUCCUCUUGGUUGCUGAGCGCAUGUUACACUGGAGUGAAGACAAUGUCACUUUUCUAUUCACAAUCUGGAGUGUAGAAAUCACCAUCUUUGGAAUUAUUCUCUUGAUUCUGUCACGAAAAAUUUCAGAUCGACUCCUCAUUUUGAUCUCCGCCAUUUUCGGGUGCCUGGCAUCCGUGGGUGUUAUUCCGCUGGCAUUCUCUCCCCCGACGUCUAACAGAGCGUACUAUAGCUUGUUAGUAACAAUUGCCUUGGAUGGGAUAGCAUCAGCUGUUAUUAAUGCAGUCGGUCGUUCUUCAAUUUCGAAGCACAUUAAUCCGGACAACCAAGGCAUGGUGCAGGCGAUACUGACUGUAUUAAAUAGACUGGCUUCAAUUACAGGGCCGUUAAUUGGUAGCAGUCUAUUUACACAUAAAAAAAUAUUUGCAAUUAUUCUAUCAGGAUCACAGAUCCUUGAAUUGGUCUUGGUUAUUCUGGCUUUCAACAAAUUUAAAGUCAAUCUCAGUAAAAGUUAA